AGGGCCUCUUCCUCCUCCCUCUCUUCCUCCUCGUCCUCCUCAUCCUCCUCUUUUUCCUCCUGGUACACGGAGACAAGUGCAAACGGUCCCUUCUCUCUUUGUCAUGCUGAGCAUCCACAGCAUUCCCUGUCCUGCUCCAACAUCGCAAAUGUCCGCAGAGGUUUCAGGGAAGAUGACAGCAGUGAGCCCGUUGUCUUUGCCACGAUCAGACAUGGAAAAAAUGGCAGUGUUUGUAGUGAGUCACAAGGAAGCUCACAAAAGAAGGGAAAGCGUGGAUUUUCUUCUCUUAACCGAGGUCACAGCAGAAGUGAUGAAGGUCUUCUGCAGGGUAGUGAAAGUGAACUUGGAGCUGAACGAUCCAGGGAACCUCACAUGAACUAUGGACCUCUGUACAAGACAGCUAGUUUGAACCGGAGCCUGGCUUUCAGUGAGGAAGACAUUCUGUUAGGGGUCUCCAGGGGCCCCAAGAGAGCAGUGUCCUCAAGCCAGCUACCCAGCAAAGGCAUCCUUAAAAACAAAGAGCCUCAUAGUGACAUUCGCAAGGCUAAGUCUAUGGAGGUGCUGUCCCCAAGAGUUUCUAAUGGUCAAGAUUCCAGUAGACAGAAGGGAAAAGGGGUAACUCAAGUCGAGAUUGAACAAGCCAGGGAAAAUUUUGUGAAGGGGAAGUUGCAGUUCUCAGCCUUUCUAGAUGAGAUUACAAAACAGGUUAUGAGUCCAUCUGCUCUCACCAUCUUGGGUGUGAACAACAGAAAAGCAACUGGGAAGCAGCCUGCUCCAACCCAAAAACCUGGCCCAGUCAAGCCUCAGCUCCCACCCAAAAAGCACAGAGAGAGUUCAGGGGAGGAGAGGGAGCAGCACAGCAGGCAGGAGAAAACGGCUCACAGCAGCUCUCGAAAACACUCGGACUGCUCCAACCCGGACAAACUUAUCUCAUAUGCAGCUAAGAACCACCGCGGUAGUCCCCCACCUCAUCACUACCCUCACUCUCCCAGCCACAAUACACAACAUGGAAGCAACCGUAAAGACAGGAGGCUGUCGCCCACUGGGGGCUCCGAAUCGGGGGACAGAUAUGGUAGAUGUGGCCCUCACCUCACAGACGGCACCAGUACCAGUCCUGAACCCAGCCGGCCUAAACAACGCCACCAACGCAAGCAGCAGCCUGCAGCCUCAUACACUCAACAUACCCAGCAAUUCCCUCAGCAGCAGCCUCAACAGACACGUUCUACAACAGGGCCAGGCCUUGGAUCUGAAUCUUCAUCCACAAAAUCAGAUUCAUCCAGGGCCAGGGACACAGCCUCCACAGCUACCAGUCACAGCUCAGAGCAGAGUGGUCGGCACCAUUCACAACAUGUGGGAAACUCUAAACCACGCAGGGACACAUUGUGUGAUGCCGACCAUCUCCGGGCGCUGCAGGAGGAGAAUGCAGAUCUUCACCAGAACUUGUUGCAGACUGUGGUUUGCAUCGAGAGCCUGGAGGUGGAGUUGCAGAGGACCAGGGAUGAGCUCAAGCAUGUCAAGGAGAAAUAUAAAAGCCUUCUGGAAACCCACACUGGGACUAAGCAGACUAAUAAUCUGCUAGGCGAACACCUGCAUAUAGCGUCAGAGAGCCUGAGCAGUGAGAGGAAGUACUUACUAAACCGAGUGUCCCAGCUGAGCUUGGAGUUGGAAGACGCCCACAGGACCAUGGCAGCACUGGAGAACAUCAAUGUGCCAUGCUUGAUAAAAGAAUUGCUGGAGAAGCACUUUGAUUCUGCUGAGGCCAUACAGAAGUUUCUGAAAACACCCGCUCCAAUCAACCAUUGUGCCACUCGAGCAGACGCUCAAUCCCAAGCUCCUAAAAUGGAGGAAGGAGCACAUGAUUGGUUGGUGAAGCCAGAGACAUGUCCACAGAGGGUGACAGCCUUCAUACCGUUUAAACAGGAGGUACCAACAGGAAGAAAAGAACUGGAGUCCAGCCACAGCCCACCUCUCUCUGUAGAGAACAUGAGCACCGCAAUCUAUCAAAAAAUGGCUGCCAGUUACGCUGCCAAACCACAACCUGUCUAUCUCCAAAGCCAACAGCAGCCUCCCAUGGGAACUGCCCACCCUGACACUCAACCAAACCCCCAGCAGGCCCAUGUAGGUGGCGACAGCUGUGUUGGGAAGGCAGAGGUAAAUGUAACACUUGUGGAUCAGGACGUUGUGGAUGUGACGUCCAUGUCAGCGCAGCGGAUCCUGGAUGAGUUCUUGCAGCAGCUGCAGUCCCAUAAGGAUGUGGGCGGAGAGAAGGAGCAGCGGGGUGGGCUGGAGUGAGCGAAUGGAGCGAGACGUACAGGCAAAGUGGCAGACGGAGAAUGUCAUCUGAAGACAUGGCAGCAUUAAUGUAUACUUCCAUCUUGUUGCACUGAAACAUGUGUGCAUUCAUAUAUGUCAAACAGUUCUGCUGAAGUUGAGAAAAUGUGUUUGUGUUUCGCUUGUAUAUAAUGUACUUUACGGGGCUUAAAGGAUUUUAUAAACCAGAAAUCACAGAAGAAAUGGAAGAAAAUUCUCUACAUACUAUCAUCAGUAUGUUUAAAAAUGAUACCAAAAUUGGAUAAACAGGGAAAAAAAAAACACACUUCUAAAUUUUCAGCGAAUGCAUGAAAAAAAUAGCAUUAAAAUAUUUAAAUUCCUCUUCAGUUUCUUCGUGUUCCUGUUUGACCUUAGCUGUGUAGACUGUGUAGACCCCAUGACUGAUGCAGCUGUAAGGUAGCUUUACAUUCAGCUUUAUAUUAACAAUUUUGAUGUGGUAAUUCUGCUUUUUUUUCUGCAAAAAUCAUGUUAGACACACUUUACAGAAUUUGUAUGUAUGUCUUAGUACAUCUGUGUAGGGGAUCUAAAAAACAACUCAUACUGUAGACAACACUUUUUAAAUAUGUGUCUGUUUAACUGGUCUUUUUAAUUAGGUGUCAUUUACCUUGUUUGUUCCCUUACCUUG